AUGAAUUGUUGGCCAAGAUUGUUGAUUCAUUAUCUUUAUUAAGAUUUGCUGAAGGCAAGAGAUUUGAAGCCUACAAAAAACUUUGUUGUCAUUUCUAUUACAGUUGCAGGGACUGCUCUUUUAAACGCUUAAUCAGAUUUGGCUGCUUUAAAUGAUGUCAUUGCCUAAGUUGAAGCUUCUUUAAAUACUACUCACUAAAGAAUUGAGAAUGUUAGUGCUGAUAGAAACGAUUAAUUUAUCUAAUUGAAGAAGCCUUUUAAGAUUACUAAGAUUCCAGAGUUGCCAGAACUUCUGAUAGAGAUGUUGUUUCAUAAAACAUCAGAUUAGUAAACAAGGAAUUAAGAACUUUUAGAGAAUAAUUAGCUUUUAGAUAAUAAGCUGGAGAAGAAAUUUGA